AAAUUGAAGGACUUGUUGAACACCAGCCCCGAGCUCUUUCCCAGUUCAGACGCGGUAAGAAUUGGGGACGAAGCCGCCAGGAUCGGGCAGCUGAACUGAGGAGUUCCGCCCUGUUUCAUCGCUAGAGUCAAAGUCGGGCGGAAACGGCCGAUAUUUAUGGAUAAGCUCCCGUGACCGCAGUCCAGACCGCGAAGGAGCCGAUUAAAACGCAGACGGCCCACAAGAGCCAAGUAGAGUGCAGGGAUGGGAGUGGGGACUGGAAAAGAGGGAGAGGUCCUGCGCCCUCCCAUUCUAUGGCCGAAGCAAGGCGAAGGUCCCCCGGGCGAAGAAUCCAGUGCGCCAAAGGGCUUGUCUGCCGGGCAAGAACCGCCAGCUUCCGCUGCCCUGCAGGCCCGUGACUGGCGGCUGCCUGAGAACGGCCGCAACCUAAGCCAGAGUUCCGUGGGAAUGCUCGCCUCGUGCCCAGCAGCCGGGCUCAACCGUCUCCUCGCAGGAAGUCCAGGCUGAUCGGGACGAGCGCAAUUGGCACGGCUGCGCCGGAGCGGGUAGCUGGUUGCCGUCGCCCGAGGAAGCUCCGCUGGUGAAGGUCUAAGAAGAAUUUUGUGUGAAAAUGGCAUCGACAAAUGUUACACAUAGUCCUUUUGUGGAACUAGAUGAAGAAUACAGGCAAAAAACUCCUUUUGAAAGGUUGAACACUGAAAUCUACCUUUACCGAGAUAUUGAAUGCACAGAGAAAGAAAUUAUUAGAAAAACGAAGCAGACUGUGAAGGCAUAUCAAAGGAGUACCAUUUCCUCAAGAGCCCGGUGUCGAAAAGCUUUGAGAAAACUAGAAGAAGUCACCGAACAAGAAACAACAGAAACAAUGGGAAAGGAUCUUCCUGCUCUGAAUUGGGCUCUUGCUUUUGCAAAGUGUUGUCAAAGUGACAAACAGUCUAUAGCAGAUUACAUCAGUGAAGAGAAGGAGCUAUUUCUAUUGGAGUACUCUGUUAAAAUAAAACAGCGGACCAUGACAAAGCUGGAGAAGAUGGCAGCAAAGGAGGAGAGGAGGGCCAGAAUUGCUGAAAUAAAAUUAGAAGACGAUACCCUUGCAUUUGAGGAGUUUCUCAGACGAAAUGAUAGGAGCUCUGUAGAAGCCCUUAAAUUGGCAACUCAAGAAGCAAAAUACAAAAUGGAAAUAACAACAGAACUGAGGAUAGCAAUGAAUGAAAUGUUCUCCCUUAAAAGUGAAAUUGCAAACACUGAAGACCUUUUGAAGCAUUUUUUGUCCUAUGAAGCCUUUUUGUUUAGUAUUUCUCCCAAAGCAUGGCAAGAGCAGCAGAUAGCAAAGAGGAAGAAAGAGCGGAAAAGAAGCCCAUCAAAACCCCUUAUUUCUUUCCCACAAGCUGCUGAUAAAGCCAAACUACUUUCAGCCUCCAUUUUAAUACCAACAAGUAAAACAAGCAAAGUGACACAUCAUAAAGGGCCGCAGCCUGCCAAGAAAGUGAUAGUCGAUAAAUCAGUCUCAGGCGCCUUAGGCCAUCCUGAGGAAAAGGGACAACUUCCAAAUAGCCAAGGAGACUAUAGAUUCUUUAGAAGGUCAUCACAAGGAGUAAUAGAUCCAAAAGUAUUCGUAGAUGAUUCAUAUGUAUCAUCAGAAAGUGGUCUAAGUGAAAGCGUCUCUUUAUCUUCAGAAGACACUAUUAACUUGGAUGAUAUCCAGAAUUGUGACAAAGAACCAGAGAUAUACUUUAAAGACACAGAAGAGUUGCUUCAGAUGUUCAGAUAUCUUGAAGAGCAAAAUCUUUCAUUAUUCCAAAACAUUCAAGAUAUUAGUGGCACAUUAGAGGAAACUCAGCAAAGAGAGAAAAUAGUUAAGCAGCAUAUGGAACAAAAGGUAAAGCGCCUUAGGGACAAAAAAGAAGCUCUAAUAGCUGCUUGCCUCAAAGAAGAUGGGAAAAGUGCUGAACUGGCAUUAAAAGCUAAAAUGUUUUCUUCAGGAGAAUAUAAUCCAGCAUCCAUGAAUAACAUACUGGAUGCACUUACUAAAAAAGUAGCAGAAGUAUACAGAGUUUGCUGUGAGACACAGGAAGUAUCCAGCAUGACCUCAUUUCAAAUGCUAAAAAAAAUAGAAAUGCGAGUUUCAGAACUCUGUGAAAUGUUCGAAAUACUUCCAAAAGAGUAUCUUGAGAUCAUUGAAGUCACUGAAAAGCUCAGAGCAAAAGAAAGACGACAAAGGAUACGUGAAGACAAACUGAAAGAACUCAGAAGAAUUCAGGAAGAACGGCUGAAGCUUGCUCUUGAGAGAGCAAUUGCAGAACCAAAGAAAAGGAUGGGAAGAAAACUAGUGUUCCGCUCACAGCCUCCAGUGACUAAGCACGAAGCAGAACAAACUACAGAUGCAACUACAAGAAGUGAAGAUGAUUACUACUUUACUUGAGGUUUUUUUUUUUUGUAAAAUGUAUUUUUGUACUAGUUAUAGUUUUGCUCCUAGUUUACUCCAACUGAGUCAUAUAAAGUAAAUGGUGAUCCCAUUUGCUUUAAAAUAUUUGUAUUAAGGUUAAAUAAUCCCAGUUUUUAUAUUUGUGGUUCAUCUUUCAUAUUGACUGUUUCUUUCAGCCAUAUGUAUUUUUCUGCCUCCCAAAAUGUAAUGUUACAAAACAUGAAUUUUUUUCAAAAGCUACAACUGAAUAUACAUAUUUUACGCAUUAAAAAA